AUGGCCGACGAAGUAACGAGGCUACUGGACAAGAUACUUGGAUCGUUGGCCGGAAUAUCAGGACGCCAGCUUGCUAUUGAAGAUUGCGACAAACUCGAAAGCAAAGCCAACAUGGGUGUAUCCGCCAUUCGGCUGCUUCGAAACUUGUCAACGCCCAUUCACAAGCUUCCCAUCGAGGUUCUAGCCGUCAUCUUCACUCAUGUUACUGGAUCAGAAGCUCCCCAGGACUUCUUACCCGAUAUCAUUGGCCCCGCGUAUCUGCGCUCGACAUCGAGUUCUGGCGUGGAAAGGCUGGUGCGUGUGUGCAGGAAAUGGAGGGAUGCAGCGUUUGCUUUCCCUACCCUGUGGUCAACCGUCUACUUCGCUGCCCCGAAUGAAGGCUGGCAGACCACAGCCGCCAGUGCUUCGUUAACAACGAGGCUCCUGCAAGUCCAGCAAUCUACCCCCUUGAAGGUAUUCGCACUCUCCUGCGCCCAGGGCCAGUAUGAGGAUAGCAUCUUGCUUCCGAACGGCGUACCAGACGAGUCGGAAUCGACACGUUUCUUUCGUCUCAUAGCCCCUCGUGCAUCCCACACCGAGGAACUCCACAUCAUCAACUUCAACCACGAUGCCCUCAAAAAAACCUCGCUCCUCUACCUCGUUCCCUAA